UUGUUUCGCUAACCGGAAGCUCUCCAAUUCUGGCUAGCGUCACACGGCAGGCUAACCGGUUCGGCGAGUCUCGAUUUUACGUACUUAGCAUAUUUUUUAAUUGAGUGAGAGGUGAAAGUCAAUCACUCGUAGCUUUGUCAGUGUCCUAACACUUCUAAAACAUGUCGAAACACGAAUUUUCGGUGGAGAUGACGUGUGAAGGAUGCUCCGGUGCCGUCGCCAGAGUCCUGAACAAACUGGGAGAUGUGAAGUUUGAGAUCGACCUUCCGAACCAACUGGUUUGGAUCGAGUCCGACCGGACUGGGGAGGAGCUGUUGGAGACGCUGAAGAAGUGCGGGAAGACGGUCAGGUACAACGGAACCAAGUGAAGCCUGAGAAGACGUGAAGCUGAUGUAGAAACAACCUGCUGCUGUGUCAAAUGAAGAUUCACUGUAGGAAAGUGAAGACUGCACCUGCUCCGAGUGAUGACGCCCGCUGAUACACCUAUACGCACAAGACCAACCCAACCCCGAGUUCUGUGUUAAACUAGUCUGUGAUCAAGACACUUUUCUGUUAAAUGCUCCUGUUUCUUUCUAAUCAUGGGCCGCAUCUGUUUAUGGCUAUAUAUAUCUGAUCAUCUCUUCACUACGAACAAUUUUAGUGAUUGUUGCCGAACAUUCCCCGUAAUGAUUCCUUCCUUUUUAAACAAAGCUUCUGUGAGCUGAUGUACGACUGUGUUACAUAACCAAAUGUAGAAGGUGUGGGUCAGUUGUGUUACCGUCAGUGUGGUGACUUAAUAAAACACAAAUAACAACAUUG